UCGGGCUGCUCUCCUUCCCCCUCUCGUAAGGUGACCAUGGCCGUGCCGGCUGCUCUGAUCCCACCAACUCCGCUCGUCCCGCCGCCUCCGAUCUCCACUCCCUCCGCCACCACCUCCCCGCCGUCGGCAACUUCGUCGCCGUCUCCAUCCCUGGCGCCGCCGCCGGGACCCGGCCAGAACCUGUUCAGAUCGGAGCUCCUCGCCACCGGCAGCCCCGGCAUCCCGGCCGCGGCUCUGCCCCCGAGCAAGCCCGUCUACUCGACCCCGUCGCCCGUCGAGAACAUCCCGCAGAACAACGAGUGCAAGAUGGUCGAGCUGCGCGGCGCCAAGGUGGCCUCGUUCACCGUGGACGGCUGCGAGCUCAUCUGCCUGCCGCAGGCGUUCGACCUGUUCCUGAAGCACCUGGUCGGCGGGCUGCACACCGUCUACACCAAGCUCAAGCGGCUGGAGAUCACGCCGGUCGUGUGCAACGUGGAGCAGGUCCGCAUCCUCAGGGGGCUCGGCGCCAUCCAGCCCGGCGUGAACCGCUGCAAGCUCAUCUCCAGAAAGGACUUCGAGACGCUCUACAACGACUGCACCAACGCGAGCUCCAGACCCGGACGACCUCCGAAGAGGACUCAGAGCGUGACGUCGCCCGAGAACCCCCACAUCAUGCCUCACUCGGUGCCUGGUCUCAUGUCCCCUGGCAUGAUCCCGCCCACAGUUAAUCUGGUCUACAUUGGAGGACAGACCGGCUGUGUCGCUUUAAACUGUGGCUCUUCUCACAAGUUAGAGAGCAUCAGAGAGCUCCACUGCGGCACUCCCCGUGAGCGGCACCUGAUUUGUGGGGGGAAUUUAUCACACAAACAACCCAGAGGCCUGACAGCGGCCGCGGCAGCAGCUGCCAACGCAGCCAUCGCAGAGGCCAUGAAGGUCAAGAAGAUCAAGCUGGAGGCGAUGAGCGGCUACCACGGCAACGCCAACCACCACGGGGCUGACGGAGAGAAUGGAGACCUCAGCUCCGGCGUCGGCCUGGAACUCCCCUUCAUGAUGAUGCCACACCCCCUGAUCCCAGUCAGCCUGCCCCCAGCCUCUGUCACCAUGGCGAUGAGCCAGAUGAACCACCUAAGCACCAUAGCAAACAUGGCUGCUGCAGCCCAGGGCCAGAGUCUGCCUUCCAGAAUGGUCACUUCUGUUAUAAAGGGGUUGCAGGAACGUGUGCCGGACAGUCCUUCCCCUGCUCCCUCCUUAGAAGACAACAGGAGGCCUGGCAGCCACCCUUCGUCCCACCGCAGCAGCAGCGUGUCCAGCUCCCCAGCCCACACAGAAAGCUCUUCAGACAGGAUACCAGCACACCACAACGGGCUAUCGAUGAACCAAGCCCUUCUAGGCCUGUCCCCCAACAUUGCCCCUGGGCCGAAAGAGGGAGACCUGGCCCACGACAUGAGCCACGAGGUGAAAAGGAUGCACACCGACAAAGAGGACAACUCCAUGUGUACUCCAACAGCGAGAGACAGCUACGAGAGGUUGUCACUGGCUGGACAGACUCUGCCUCCCGGUUUUCCAUCACCAUUUCUCUUCCCAGAUGGCCUGUCAUCAAUAGAGACUCUUCUCACCAACAUACAGGGCCUGCUCAAAGUGGCGAUUGACAACGCUCGGGCUCAAGAGAAGCAGGUGCAACUGGAGAAGACGGAGCUGAAGAUGGAGCUGUUCAGAGAGAGGGAGCUCAGGGAGACCCUGGAGAAGCAGCUCGCCAUGGAGCAGAAGAAUAGAGCAAUCAUCCAGAAGCGCCUGAAGAAGGAGAAGAAGGCCAAGAGGAAACUGCAGGAAGCUCUGGAGUACGAGUCGAAAAGGAGGGAGCAGGUGGAGCAGUCUCUGAAGCAGCCAUCGCCCUCAGACAGCAUGCGCUCCCUCAACGACUCUCUGACCCCUGAGAUGGAGAGUGACCGCAGCAGUGGAAGAACAGAUGCUGAAAGGACAAUACAAGAUGGAAGACUGUUCCUGAAAACCGCAGUGAUGUACUGAUAAGGCCCGCGAGGAGCUGGAGGACACAAAGAUUUUAUAGAAAAAAAAAUGAAUAAAAUAAAAUAAAAGGACUGAAAGAAAAAAAAAAAACCCACGAAGGUUCCGGGGGAAGCCCCUAAACCCAGGCCGAUUAGCUGAAGAGAGUUCAAGCUGCUCGUAGGUGCUGUGUUCACCCCCAAACGCUGGAGGAGUCUGAAUGUACAACAAAGAAGUCUUUUUCAUCGCGGAAGGAAAACCUAAAGUAGUCCGAUAAGGCAGGUUUUGACGAGACAGGUUGACCGACGUGAAGGAUAAACACAUAAUAACCGAGCACAGUAAAAAAAAAAAAAAAAAUGUACCCAAGGUGCAUUGUUUGGUAAUAACUCCUAAUAAGUUCACAGCACUGAAGAUUUUUUUAUACUGUAUCUCAGCCAGCGAGAAAGCUUCGAAACGAAAAUUCGACUGAAGUUUUGUUUUUGUAUUUCAAAAUAAAUCCUAAGAAGCUAAAAGGAAAAAAAAGAAACAAAAAGAUGAAGAUGAACAUUGUGGUGGAGAGGAGGGGGGAAAAAGAUCCACGCGGUCAUCAAAAGAAAGCAGACUGAUGUUUGAUUUUCAUGUUUUCUAAAUUAGAUGAGAAUACAAUCAAGUUCCGUUUUUACCAUCGUUGUACAUACAAGAGCUAAUGAUAAAGAUAGGAAGACUCACUCCGCUGAAACCCGAGUGGACUCGUAAGGUAUGUGUAUAUAACGUUAAGAGGUAUUGUGUAUGCAGUAGAGCUAUUAGGCAAACAAUACCGCCGUUUAUAUAAACCUUUUUCUUGUUUUUGUUCUAUCUCUGAGCCAUCAUCUUUUCCUAUAGCUGCCAUUUUCUGGUGAGAAAGCAUGCAGGCAUGUAAAUGUUUGUCCUGGAAUUAUGAUAUUUAAUAAAAUCCUAUAUUGUGCUGAACAAAUAACCGGGGUGGACUCGCCCAAGCCCAGACAAGUCUAAAAUCACGAUUAAGGAUGUUUUACUCUCCAAACGAAGACUUUUCGCUGUUGAUAGUACUGUAAUCUUUGUAACAGAGGUCAUAUUUCUUGGAUUUUACUGUACAUUGUCGUCAUGAGACACUCUUAGAAUCAGCACCCCUCGUUGCUUUGUUUUUUUUGUUGUUUUUUUAAGUAUCUGGUCUGAUGAUCAUCAUGUGCCAGCUUGAAACAAUCAGUUAAGGACGCUACUUUUUAAAAAGUGAAAUACCACUUUAUGACAUUGUGUUUAACACAUUUUAUUUCAGAGUGUUUCAUGAUAUCCCGAUGAGAAAAAAAAGAAGAAUAUUUCCUUUCCCUAAAGACUUUUGAAUUGUGGUGCUGAAACACCUGUGUAUAUUCUCUAGUCAUAAGCUGAUGUCAGUCCUUUAUCUGCUAAACAAUUUAGACCUUAUGUGUUACAAUCAAAAAGACGAGUAGGAGGAGGAGGAGGAAGGGAAGCGUAUCCCAUGUUCACGAUGUGUUUGUUCCUUUCUGUUCUUUAUGGAGUGUCUAAGUCUGUUGUCACUGAUAACUUAUAUAGCUUCUCGAAUCAUCUCUUUCAUUGUACUUCAAAUUCAAAUAAAGUUAACAUGUUGAUGAUAA